AGGAUGUCACUCAACAGCUCACUUACCUUUGUAGCACUGCUCAUGUUUGGGAUGUGGGGAUGCAAUGUUACAUCUCGAACAUUAAAUGAAGACAUCAUGUUACAAAAGCAUGAGGAAUGGAUGGCUCGUUAUGGCCGUGUGUAUAGAGAUAACGAGGAAAAAGAAUUGCGCUUUAAAAUAUUUAAGGACAAUGUGGCCUACAUUGAAGCCUUCAACAACGCUGGGAACCAUGGUUACAAACUGAGCAUCAACGCAUUUGCAGACCAAUCAAACGAGGAGUUUAAAGCCUCUCGUAACGGAUUCAAGUUUCCAUCCAAUAUGAGAUCUGCUCGAACCACAGCAUUCAGGCAUGAGGAUGUGACUGCGGUUCCAUCUAGCAUGGACUGGAGGAAGAAAGGAGCCGUUACCCCAAUCAAGGAUCAAGGUCAAUGUGGGAGCUGCUGGGCUUUUUCGACAAUAGCUGCUACUGAAGGAAUUACUCAACUCACCACUGGGAAACUGAUUUCACUAUCGGAGCAAGAGCUGGUGGAUUGUGACAGGAGUGGAGAGGACCAAGGGUGUGAAGGCGGUUACAUGGAUGGUGGAUUCACAUUUAUUGUCAAAAACAAAGGCAUCAACACCGAGGCUGCCUACCCUUACGAGGCAGCAGAUGCAACUUGCAACACAAAAGAGGAAGACAUAUCUGCAGCCAAGAUCACGGGACAUGAGGAUGUACCUGUUAACAGUGAGUCAGCUUUGUUGAAGGCUGUUGCUAUGCAGCCUGUUUCUGUUGCCAUCGAUGCUGGAGAGUCUGACUUCCAAUUUUACUCCAGUGGUGUUUUUAACGGAACGUGCGGUACUGAAUUAGACCAUGGGGUUACAGCAGUUGGAUAUGGAACAAGUGACGAUGGCAUCAAGUACUGGCUCGUAAAGAACUCGUGGGGCACGAGUUGGGGUGAAGAGGGAUACAUCAGGAUGCAGAGGGACGUUGAAGCUAAGGAAGGGCUCUGUGGCAUUGCUAUGAUGGCUUCUUAUCCAACUGCUUAAUUGAUAGUUGAUAUAUGCUCGAGGUAGGCAAGGAAGCU